AUGAUUUUUCAGUACAGUGCGUCGACGCUAAAGAAGCACGCCGCGGAUGGCGAUUAUUCAGAGGAACAUCCACUUGUGGACUAUACACCUCCACAGUACAUUAACUUACUCGUUACCGAUCUAGGUAUUUUGACACCAGCCGCUGUUGGCGAUGAGCUUCUCAAGCUUUAUGUAUGA